GCGACGGCCCGCAGGCAGCCCGCGUGUCGCAGACGCACAGCUCGACGUCACUCCCCUGACAUGGCACCCUCCAGGACCGCGUUGCUGACGCUGCUGCUGGGUCUGACCGCGCUUGCUGCCGUGUGGGCCGAGCCGUCGGGACCCCUACACCAACACUUCAUCGUGCGCGUACCGUACCCGAUCCACACGGUGCACCACCACAAGAUCCACAAGGUGCCCGUGCACCACUACUUCCACGCGCUGCACCACCACCACGUCCACCCCCUGGCUGUCCCAGUGCCGCCGCCUGCGCUUGUUGAGCAUCAGUUCGUCCACUACUGAUGGCCCCCACAGGUGGCGAGAAACUUGGCCCCCCAUCUAGUCUACUCAUUCCG